UGCAGAGAAAGUAAAUGCAACAUUCAAAAGCAGAUUUAGUAAGCCCUUAUUUCCCAUCACAGCAACAACAACAACAGCUUCAGUCAUCAGUGCAACAACAACAACAACUACAGCAGCCUUAUUCACAACAAGGCAGCUAUAGUUUACAUGCAAUGUCAACCAUUUAUACCAAUCCAGUAGUAUCAGAUAACAAUAAUAAUCAUAAUAAUAACAAUAAUAGCAAUGCUCCAGCCAUGUCUCGUAAAUUAUAUAGCUGCAAGGACUGUAAAAAGUGCUUUGAUAGCCCCAGUAUACUACGAACACAUCAAAGAACAGUGCAUGAUACGAGUGAACCUUUACCAGCACGCUCAAAGACAGGACAAGAUAAACCCUAUGUAAGUGUAUGAACAUUUCUUUUUGAAACAUAUACACAUAUAUGUAUGUAAACAGGUAUGCACAUAUGCAGACUGUGGUAAAUCGUUUUCACAAUAUGGAAACUUGAAGACACAUGCAAGAAAGCAUACAGGAGAACGACCAUACCAA